AUGUGGCUCUACCGGGGUGCGCAGUCCGCGGUCUUCUACUAUGCCACCUGCACCCCCUGCGCCGAGGGCAUUGACCGGCGAAAGCGCAGGAAGGAUGCCGUACGAACCCAGCGUCUAAAGGAAAAGCACGACCCCGACAUCGUGACCGACCAACCUCGUCUCUUCCCGCAGCCGACCCCGUUCAGCACCAAUGAAGGUUGGGAUCAAGAAAUCGUUCUGGGCCCCGGACCUCCAGCACGACGACACCGCAAGAUUCCCCGGACGGAUAGCUGGAAUACGGAUCAGAGCUCGCAACUGAAGAAGGACAAGAGUGGCGGCUUGAUGCACCCAAUUGCGGAACGAUGGAAGCGGUACCAACGUGAGGACGAACCCCUUUGGGGUCAGGAUUAUGAUUCAGACUGGGCCCAGGAAGUACGCGGGUCGUCGAUUGGCUUCUCAGGACGUGGUCGUGCGAUCCAGGAAGAACCCUCCAAAUACUACAUGCCCCGGUCUCCCCCUAUCAACGACAUCCAUCCGCCGAUUGUAAGUGGGCCAAUCAGCCGCGCCGAUACAAGAUGGAUGCUCCAACCACCACCCAGCGCGAAAGUAAUGGCCGGCAAGGAACGUUUCCCAACCUCCCCUCGCGACAGUACGGGUGGCUUCGCCCGUGACCGUACCUCCCGUAUGUCCCGACAGGGCCCUAUAAUUGAAGAACAUCGAUCGGGGCCUGCCGAUAGAACCAUCGACGAGACCAUCGACCAAUUACCGCGCCGGCCAUCCGCAUCUCGCGGACGUGGACACUCUAAAACCAGCGAGGAAUUGGACGAACCUCCUUUUUCUCCAGCGGACUCCAUGUCCUCCCUAGCCAACUCGGACGACCAGUCCUUCACCACCUCGUGGAAAUAUCCAGAUACACCUGGUACUCGACCGGCUUCCAAGUCUACUGAUGGCAGCGAAAGAGUUUAUACCCGUCCGCAAAUCUCCAAGACCCUUUCCACUAUUCAACGCGGGGACAAACAAAAGUUUCAAUGCCUACAACUGGAGAUCAAUGACGACACCCGCGAGGAAGUCGGACUUGGACAGCUAGAACCCAUUCGCCCAUGGCGCUGGAGUAUGGACAUCUAA